AUGACUGAACGAAUUGUUCUCUUUUUACUUUUAGGUACUGCACCUACUCCAGUUCCCGUCAGCACCUGCAAAACCCAGUGGUUUGACCGUGAUAAUCCAUCCGGACAGGGAGAUUACGAAGUUCUUAACCUUUUACGAAAUGAAUAUCCCAACCGCAUCUGUGUUCAUCCAAUCGCCUGUGAAGUGGAGACAACUUCAGGAGUUCCAGCCUCACAAACCGGACAGAUUAUUCAACCGUGCAAUGUUGCUUCUGGAUUCUUUUGUGUGAACGGCUUACAACGUAAUCAGAGCUGCCAAGAUUACAGAAUACGAUUCACCUGCCCUGAAUCAUUCUGUACUGCACCUACUCCAGUUCCCGUCAGCACCUGCAAAACCCAGUGGUUUGACCGUGAUAAUCCAUCCGGACAGGGAGAUUACGAAGUUCUUAACCUUUUACGAAAUGAAUAUCCCAACCGCAUCUGUGUUCAUCCAAUCGCCUGUGAAGUGGAGACAACUUCAGGAGUUCCAGCCUCACAAACCGGACAGAUUAUUCAACCGUGCAAUGUUGCUUCUGGAUUCUUUUGUGUGAACGGCUUACAACGUAAUCAGAGCUGCCAAGAUUACAGAAUACGAUUCACCUGCCCUGAAUCAUUCUGUACUGCACCUACUCCAGUUCCCGUCAGCACCUGCAAAACCCAGUGGUUUGACCGUGAUAAUCCAUCCGGACAGGGAGAUUACGAAGUUCUUAACCUUUUACGAAAUGAAUAUCCCAACCGCAUCUGUGUUCAUCCAAUCGCCUGUGAAGUGGAGACAACUUCAGGAGUUCCAGCCUCACAAACCGGACAGAUUAUUCAACCGUGCAAUGUUGCUUCUGGAUUCUUUUGUGUGAACGGCUUACAACGUAAUCAGAGCUGCCAAGAUUACAGAAUACGAUUCACCUGCCCUGAAUCAUUCUGUACUGCACCUACUCCAGUUCCCGUCAGCACCUGCAAAACCCAGUGGUUUGACCGUGAUAAUCCAUCCGGACAGGGAGAUUACGAAGUUCUUAACCUUUUACGAAAUGAAUAUCCCAACCGCAUCUGUGUUCAUCCAAUCGCCUGUGAAGUGGAGACAACUUCAGGAGUUCCAGCCUCACAAACCGGACAGAUUAUUCAACCGUGCAAUGUUGCUUCUGGAUUCUUUUGUGUGAACGGCUUACAACGUAAUCAGAGCUGCCAAGAUUACAGAAUACGAUUCACCUGCCCUGAAUCAUUCUGUACUGCACCUACUCCAGUUCCCGUCAGCACCUGCAAAACCCAGUGGUUUGACCGUGAUAAUCCAUCCGGACAGGGAGAUUACGAAGUUCUUAACCUUUUACGAAAUGAAUAUCCCAACCGCAUCUGUGUUCAUCCAAUCGCCUGUGAAGUGGAGACAACUUCAGGAGUUCCAGCCUCACAAACCGGACAGAUUAUUCAACCGUGCAAUGUUGCUUCUGGAUUCUUUUGUGUGAACGGCUUACAACGUAAUCAGAGCUGCCAAGAUUACAGAAUACGAUUCACCUGCCCUGAAUCAUUCUGUACUGCACCUACUCCAGUUCCCGUCAGCACCUGCAAAACCCAGUGGUUUGACCGUGAUAAUCCAUCCGGACAGGGAGAUUACGAAGUUCUUAACCUUUUACGAAAUGAAUAUCCCAACCGCAUCUGUGUUCAUCCAAUCGCCUGUGAAGUGGAGACAACUUCAGGAGUUCCAGCCUCACAAACCGGACAGAUUAUUCAACCGUGCAAUGUUGCUUCUGGAUUCUUUUGUGUGAACGGCUUACAACGUAAUCAGAGCUGCCAAGAUUACAGAAUACGAUUCACCUGCCCUGAAUCAUUCUGUACUGCACCUACUCCAGUUCCCGUCAGCACCUGCAAAACCCAGUGGUUUGACCGUGAUAAUCCAUCCGGACAGGGAGAUUACGAAGUUCUUAACCUUUUACGAAAUGAAUAUCCCAACCGCAUCUGUGUUCAUCCAAUCGCCUGUGAAGUGGAGACAACUUCAGGAGUUCCAGCCUCACAAACCGGACAGAUUAUUCAACCGUGCAAUGUUGCUUCUGGAUUCUUUUGUGUGAACGGCUUACAACGUAAUCAGAGCUGCCAAGAUUACAGAAUACGAUUCACCUGCCCUGAAUCAUUCUGUGGAAAGAAAACUCGGUGGUUUGAUCGUGAUGACCCAUCGGGUCACGGAGACUUUGAAACACUCACAGAUCUUCGGAAAGAGCAUCCCAAUGAAAUCUGCAGUAAUCCAAUUGCCUGUGAAGUACAGACAGUAUUUGGAAAGCCAGCAUCAAGCACUGAUGACAACAUUCCUGAGUGCAGCAUUUUAGCUGGAUUUUUUUGUCUGAAUAAGAAUCAAACAAGUGGAAUGUGUGAAGAUUACAAAAUACGAUUCACCUGCCCUUAAUCUUCUCACAAGCAUGCCUUCAGUAUUCCGGGAUUUCGUGGUUCUGGGAUGUGCUGAUUCUAGGCUAGUGCCCCUGAUUGAAGCAUCGUGGGAGAACACAGAACAUUGGGAGCAGCGGAUUAUCUGCCGGGGGUUGUGUGCCCGGAGAGCUGCAUCUUUUCGGUGCCGACUCUCAGGGCUCAGAGCUCAGAAAAAGCGAUGCAGCGGACUUUUAACAUCGUAAAUCAGCGAGUUGUUUGUUAUGUCUCCCCUCUCACUGUGAAAUGGGGAUACCUCUUUUUCCCUUAUUAGGGACAGAGGGAGAGCCUGUGGUGCGUUGAAUUAUUGGGUAAACGAGUAGUUUUUGGGGUACUGCAAGUCUGUGUCUUUAUGGAUGCUUUGCUGCACACUUGAGUGCUCGGUGGAGAGUGCUGAUGCU